CGGGCGGGGCGGCCGUUGCUAGGGGCGCCGCCAUGGCGGGGAACCGCAUGCAGAAGACCGGGAGCGUGUUCAGCCGGACGCGGAACCUCCUGCGCAUCGGCGUGGUGCCGAAGCCGCUGUGGUUUGAUGUCUACGCCGCCUUCCCGCCGCUCCGAGAGCCCGUGUACCGCUCGCCGCGGCCCCGCUACGGCAAGGUGCAGGACGUCGUCCCGCCCGUCUUCUACCCGGAGGACGAAGUGCGCGCGAGGUUUUACAGAGUUUAUGGGAGUGGUCCAAGAGCUUUUGACUUGUCACAAUCAAACUUCAAAUCCACUUGCCAGAGGUUUGUUGAGAAAUUCAAUGAACUGAAGGAAGAAGGAAAAACUGAAGAGGACAAAUUGUUUGAAGAAACAGGAAAAGCUCUUCUAGCCAAAGGGAUAAUUUUACAGAGAAGAGGGGCAGAAAAAGUAGCACAAUCUGAUCAUCAGGACACUGAAACCAGGAAUCCUGUAUUACGCAUGCAACUUCAAACCGUGUUGGAAGAGAUGCAGGAAAAGAAGCAAGGUCAAGAGGAGCAGCCAGCAGAACUGACUGAAACACAGAAGGAGAAUUCCUUACCAUCCUAACAAGCUGUGCUAUUGUCUUGGCACAUACGACAACUUAGUGUUACUUGUCUGUGGCAUUCAACAGCUCAGGAGCCAGCAUUUCUGUCUGUGCAACCCCAUGACAAGGAGGCAUUUGCUGAAGAGGGGGGUAAUGCUUUAGUUAUCCUGCUCUAGUGCCUUCUGUGUCUUGUGUGACACAUUUUUUUUGUUCUGCCAUCCCCUCAUUUGUAAAAUGGGAAAUAAUCCUUUCUUCUGGGGUUCAAGAGUGCUAUUUCAAAUCAUGAGAUGGAAAGUAUGACACGUACUAGUGGAAAAUUAAACAUUUUAUUUACAAUUUGAACUUCUGUCUCUUCAGGUGUGUCACUUGCAGUAGUACAGAUAUCUUAUAGUUGUGGAUCGGGCCUUGUGACAGUUCUGCUGUUGAAGUGGUGUAUGCUGUUUGCCUGAUGCAUUGUAACAGCUGUCUAAAGUGACUCUGAAAAUGUCAUCUUUUUAUAGCUAAUUGAGAAGAGUUACUAUUUAUUUUUAAUAUGCUCUUUCCCUUCCGUCAUUUGCUUAAAUUCAUAAUAUGAUAAAGUUUAACAAUACUAGAUAAUUUGUAUCUUUGCCACCUUUCGGUGACUCUUGAUGAAAUUGAUGACUUCAGCAGUGUAAAAGAGAUGUUACAACUGCUUACUGAAGAGAAAGUUGAAUGCUGUUACAGAAGUAGCUGAAACUUUGGCACAACACUACUUCAGAAAGUAUCAACUCUGAAGUAUAGUAAGAUUGAUUGCUUCGAAUUCUGUUUUUCUCAUAUCUGUAAACUCCAGUGUCUAGCUUAUUUUUAUUAAGGAUUCAGGCUAAAUGAGAAACAAUUACUGUUCUGAAAAAAAAUAGGAAGGUUUAAAUCAUGUCAAGCAAAUCACCUCUCCCUUCUUGUCUGGCUCUCCCCCUAAAAAAGAAGAGACAAGAUUUCCUUUUGGUUUCAUACCUGCUUGUCAGAUGCGUCAUUCUUCACAGCUCAAUUUUAUGCUGGUACUGCUGUAAAUGGUGCAUGUAUACUGUCUUAUGAAUAUGUAUUAUAGGGCAGUAAAAAGGAUGAUUUAAAAAUGCC